CCACUACCAUCACCGCCGUCAAAGAGGAUAAUGUCGUCCAGGACGUUGUGGCGGCCGCAGAGAAACGAUGAAAUACUACUUUCCAUGCGUCUAAUCCGCGCUGUGAAACAUGAAUGGAUUCGAUGAAGCCGCAAAAUGUGCGGCGACAGCGACUGCUUCCAUGAGCGCCGGUAUCCACCCCAAUAAAUGUAUCGCGUCAUAUCGCUUCUGUCGCGUCUUCCGCCCCUCACCUUUGGUCCCUGCUGUUUGGAUUUGCGUGACGCGAAGAGAGUGGCCUAGGAACGUCAACAGGGUUUUUUCAAUGUCUCGUCAACAUUUGGUUCCCCAGCACAUUUUAGGCCUCAGGGUAUACCGUUUGGCCCUGCAGCUCCAGGAGCCUCUGGAGUGUAUGGGUACGUUCUUGAUGGUCGCCUUUCCCGGCAACUUUGACCUAGAGACAGAUUGGCUCAUCGAGGCUUCGUUGCCGUACCCAACGCUGAUCAUUUCAGCUUUUCCUCUCGCCGUCCUACCUGAACACGUUACCGAUGCGAGCGUUGCCGGCGGCUCAGCGGCGACGAUUUCCGGCGCUCGUCUUCAGAGUUGUCGAUUGGGCAGAAGAAAAAAUGUCACCGUCAUUUCGCCGACCCCUCCCGGCCGAUUGGAAACGUUAGCUGUCAAGGUUUACAAAGGGUUCUGGAUCAAAGCAUCUGUGGCAGCCUGCUUCUUAUAUGUUAUACAUGGAUGGCAAAGAUCACAUGUAUUUUCUGUGAAGCCAGGUACAAAACCGAUAGGCCCCCGAUUGGCUCCAAGUGUCGACAUGGUGCCAUCGGUUCUAUUAGUGAUCAACUUCAAGGCUGAUGUUCACUGUCGAGUGGAAGAUGGCAUUGGACCAGACGCGCAGAAGAUCAUGUUCCUUCAAGAACGAUUGACAAGCAUUUACCUUACGGGAUACAUAUUCGUCCCGGAUGGUCUCCCCGUUCGACAGCACUCACGUACAUCUGUCCAACGCUGUCCGUACAGCCCGCCUAUCACCGGGCAACGGCCACCAUCAAAUGUAUUGUCCUCCACAGCUCGACCAUCACUACCUUUACCCGGGAGUCCUCCCGCGAAGCAGUGUCAUCACCUGCUGUGCUUUUAUCCCCGCCUUUUCCGGGUUCAUAGGUUGAUCGGGUUACUGGCAUAUGGCACGUCCUUUGACAACGACCGUAAUCGUACAUGGACGGUCUCCUCCACCCAUCUAGCCGCCACCCGCACGUUCUCGUGUACUAAGCGCGAGAAACCUGGUAGUGCAGCCAUGGAGGUGCUGGUCGCAGUCGUGCGGAAGGUAGCAGAGGUUCGGGUUGCGCUGUUAGGAGAUGUGUCCCUGUCAUCACUGGCCAUCCUUGUUAUCGGUAUUGCGAGACACUUUACUCUCGCUGGGCGUGCCACCGAGCGAUUGACGCUGUUCGAGAACUGA